AUGGGAGAAAGACAUGACUUCCUCCCUCCUGAUAGGGAGUUGGAAGAUAAAGAUCCUUUUAACCUUUCACUCCAUCCACAUCAACUUACGGAUAACUAUCUAUCUCUGGAACAGAAAGGGAACGACGAAAAUGCGACAUACAAUGCCUACACGGAUGGCAGUAAAAUGGAUGAAGAAACAGGGGCCGCAUAUGCUGUUUUCAAAGAAGGCAUACUUAUAAAAGAAAGGAAAUUAAAACUUGCCAGAUAUUGCUCAGUUUAUCAGGCAGAAAUGCUGGCGAUAAGGGAAUGUCUCGUAUUCCUGGAAAAGAUUACAAAACCUGGUGAAAGGGCGACAAUUCAUACUGACUCGCAAUCAGCUAUUAUGACCAUAAAGCAAAGAAAGUGUAAAGAUCAGAUGGCAAAUGAAAUUCAAUAUUUAAUAACCAAAAUUAAUGGACAAAGUCAAGUAAACUUAACAUGGGUAAAGGGACAUGCAGAGUCAACGGGUAACGAAUACGCGGACUACCUUGCUAAACAAUCAUUGAAAUUAAAAAAGGAAAAUUAUGAUAAGGUACCUAGAAGUUAUCUGAAAGCACGAGUAAAGGAGCAGAUCAGUGAAGAGAUGAGCACCCUAUACACAGGGAAGAUUAACAAUAUCACCAAGAAAUGGUUACCCGACCUUGAAACAGCCAACAAGAUCAAUAAGGCAGACCCAUAUAUUAUUGGUAACAAAGCAAUAGCUGCAUUCAUCACAGGGCACGGCUAUUUUAACCCACACAUUAGCAGAAUCUACAACCAGGGUGAACCUAAAUGUGAUCUUUGUGACCUUUGUGCGGAUCAAACAAGUACACAUAUUCUUUGGGAAUGCCCUUUCUUUAGUGACCAAAGAAAUCGGAUACGUGAUCAAUUAGACUACUACAAACAAGAACACAACGUGGAUUUACAAAACAAUGCCCAGAAUGAAGAAUUGCUCCUUAGAGCACAAAUGUCUGACAAAAAAUGGAUAACCAUCAUUGAAAACAUAAAAUCAAUUUACAAGUACCUCAUCAACAAAUACUAUAGAGAUAAGCAGAAUCAACAAGACACUUGA